AUAAAAGCUCAUUAAGUUCUCUAAAACUGAUCUGCAAGAGAAAUAUUAGUGACAUCUUUGUAUUUGUUCCAGCAUGUCAGUUGAUGCUGAGUAAGUUUUGACAGCAUUAUCAGAUGAAGUUUUGCUGAUGACCUAUGUUUGAAUUGAUGACAUUUAGGAAACCUGAUAGGUGUAGAGUAAUCCACCUUCAUGUGUUAGGUCACGCAUUGAAAUAAUCACAAACAAAUAUAAAUAGUACACUUUCUUAGUACUGAACACCACAAUGCAGGUUUAUGUCAUUAAUCUGUCAAACAAACUGCAUAUUUUGUCCUCUGGAUUACUAUAAAUGCUGUAUGUGCAUAUGUGUGCGUGUGAGCCUAAACUACUUUGUUAUGGAAACAUUGAAGUAGGAGAUAAGAACAUCCUGACUUGUGAAAUAGAGCAGUGGGCGUGAUUUUGGUUUUCCGCUGAGUUUGACCAUCGGAUGAAGAGAAUAUAAGGUGAGAUGUGGUCAUUUGCACACAACUCCAGUCAAAACGUAUUUCAUUGACUCAGACACUUACCAAACCCACUCCCAAAAUCAUGGAAUCUGCCAUUAACGUGCUCGUCUCCCAGUUCAAGACUUACGCAGCGAAAGAUGGCUCUGCGAACACUCUGAGCAAAGAAGAGUUUCAGAGCCUGGUCACUUCCCAGCUACCAAACUUUGUAAAGAACCUUAAAACCAACUCAAAAUGGUUCUUAAUAAGAAGAGGCGUGUCUGCUGACUCUCAGAAUGCCUCUGACCCAGCCACCAUUGAUCAGCUCAUGAAGUCAUUGGACGAGAAUAACGACGGAGAGCUGACGUUCCUGGAGUUCUGGAAACUGAUUGGCAGCGUGGCGAACCAACAUGGCGGCUUUAGCCAAUAAAGAAACCUGAAGUAUUAGUCUACUUGAAGAAAAUCACUUUAAUUUUACCUUGUGACUUUCUUAUGUGAUUAUAACAUUCUGCAAAUAACUAUUGUCCAAAGCAGGUGAAGGCAAAUAAAAGAAAGAGUUGUUUUAUUCUUUA